CACUCAAUUUCACCGCUAGUCGUCUUCUGGCGCUGUUAGCAGUACAACCCUCCCACUCUGAUGGUAGAAGAAGAUGAAAAUGGACGUAGCAAUAUGACAGCGAGCUAACCUGGUAAACAGAAACUGGCCCUUUAAAAGCUUGCCCUAAGACAAUGUACCAGCCAAGAUGGGACAGACAAUGUGCGUAUGCUCCCGUGCCUCCAUCACUAUUGAUAACAAAAAGUAUUAUUUUGUCCAGAAGCUCGACGAAGGUGGGUUCAGUUUUGUUGAUCUGGUUGAAGGGGUAAAGGAUGGGCACUUCUAUGCCCUGAAGAGAAUCCUAUGUCAUGACCGUGAGGGUCGCCAGGAGGCUCAGACAGAGGUGGAUAUGCACCAGAUGUUUAACCACCCCAAUGUCUUGAGCCUGGUUGCACAUGCCUUUGUUGAUCAUGGAGGCAAGACUGAAGCCUGGCUACUUCUGCCAUAUAUGAGAAAAGGCAGUCUGUGGUCUGUUCUGGAGAAGCUGAGAGACAAGGGGAGCUCGAUGCCUGAAAAACAGAUUUUGCAAAUCUUUCGUGGUAUCUGCUCUGGACUCAAGACCAUUCACGACAAAGGCUAUGCACACAGAGACAUAAAGCCCACAAAUGUGCUUCUUGAUGAGGAUGACAGGCCAGUUCUGAUGGACCUUGGCUCAAUGAACCGUGCCAGGAUUGAGGUAAAAGGAUCCAGAGAAGCCAUGACCAUACAGGACUGGGCCGCCCAGCGGUGCACCAUUUCGUACAGGGCUCCUGAACUCUUCAAUGUUGAGAGCCACUGCAUUAUAGAUGAGCGCACUGAUAUCUGGUCACUUGGCUGUGUGCUUUACUGUAUGAUGAUGUUGGAAGGGCCGUACGAUCUGAUAUUUCAGAAGGGAGACAGUGUUGCUCUGGCUGUCCAGAAUCCAGUAUCCAUCCCUCCCUCUUGCAGAUACUCAGAGGGUCUGCAGAUGCUGCUGAGCUCCAUAAUGGUGUCAAAUCCUCAGGAGAGACCGAACAUCAACUGGGUUCUUGAUCAAGUACAGGACCUGCAGAGUCGCAGCCCAAACACCCAAACCAACAUGGUCUGAUCCUGCACAGUGAACCAAAUGUGUGGUCAUGUAGACCUUUGAAAGGAACAUGUUAGUUCCAGGUUAAAAUUCUUUGAUUUAUUUAUUGACUCUAAUAAUCCAAUUUUCACUCAUCUUGGGGAGCUUGGCAUGAGUUUAGUUUGAAUGUUCCAGUUCAGUUUGGGUAUCACAAAACAUUUGUAUAGUCCUCCUAAAGCUCUGAAGAAUCAGAGAAGCCUUACAUGUAAUUACACCCAGAAGCCAAUUAUGGCUGAGGUUAUGUGCAUCUGAUAAUGAAGUGGGUUUGUUUUGUAAUCUCAACGUUCUUCCAAGAGUAGAAUAAAGAGGACACCACUCUGGACACCACUCUGGACACCACUCUGUCAAUUCAGUUUGAGGCUGGAACUAGCAGGGUGGGAUUUUAGUUUGGGACUAUGAUGAGGGCAACAGGCUAGCGUUAUUACUCUAUAUAAAGGUUAAAAUCAGUGUACAUUAACUUAAAAUUCAGUUAUGAAGAAAAGCUGCCUAGCUACUGGCUGUGGCCUUACAAAAUAAGCAUAUUUCUAUAAUAAUACUUUAAGAUAUUCAACUUUGUUUUUUUUCUCAGUUAUAGUGUGGUUGUUUUUUGUUUUCUUAAUGACAAUGGUGAUAACAUAGAAGCUUUGCCAAAAUUUCCCGUGAGUGAAAGCUGCCCCAGAUGACAUUCCCUAGCAAGAAGUUCCAUUUUCUUUCUUUAUUUUUCCCCCUUUAAUUCCUUAUUAUUCCUUAUUAUGUGUAACACUUAGCUACACAUGUGUACCGUAAUCGUCAGCUUUCUCGUUUUAGCAGAGAUGGAGAAAAGAGGCAGGAGUCUCCUCGUCUGCAUUUCUCCACAUAUUCAAUUACUUGCACACAAAAAAAGGAAAGAAGAGAAUGAUUGGAGAUGUCAGGUUCUAAUGUUACAACAGUAAAUUCAAAUUUUAAUGACACUGAGGAAUCACUUCAUGCUCAUCAUGCUUGUCAUCAAAAUUGCAAUUUUAUGUGACAUUAUAGGGUUUGUUUUUGUUUUGUUUUUAUUAAACUUCACUUUUCACUGUAUUGUGUUUUAACAGUUAAAUAUUUUCCAUUCCAGCUAUGUUUGUGUUGAAUCCUGCAUUUUUCACUCAUGAGUGAUUACAGUUUGUCACUUUUGUUUUCUCAGGGUACGCAAACAUCUCAAAGGGUCUGAUGGUGUUUCUCAUUAGACCCUAAUGAUACUUUUUAAAUGGUUACUAGACACAGUAAGUUUUUAGGCGUUUUAAAUUUCAUUUGUGGCCUGCAGUGAUGAAGUACAUUAUAAUAAAACUAAGAAGUCCAGUUAAUUGUUGGUACGUACUGGAACAGUAAUUAACACAGCAUUUAACUGUAUCACCUCCUCCUACUAAGCCUGUAUGUGUCAACUGACUAUGAACUUCUGUGUGGCUGUUAAUGGCGCACAAACUGGCUUGAUGCCUGCAGUAAGAAAUCUCUCCUGUAUUACAGACACACUGGUGAAGAUCACAGAUGAGUGUGUUAUUUGAUUUUGUAAAAUCCUUUUGAAGUUGUGUUUAUUCACUGUCAAGUAAAAGGAUAAAUGUGGUAAAUAUGUAGCACUAUGUACACAGUUUUUAAUAUACUUGUGAAAUAAAAUGGCAUCGUGGCAUUUUA